GUGUAACUUCUGAACAUGUAACUACCGUCCCGGACUACGCACACAUAUGUCCGCAGCCUUGAUCAUGAGGGUGAAAUGCCUUCAAGUUGAGCAGUUACAAUUUCGUUCUCGGGUCUCGUAAGCGACCUGAUGUCAGCGCCAGUUUGACGCGUCGAGGGCUGCCGCCCUCGGCGGAAAGUUGGCAAUCAUCAUCAUAACAGUGCCCUCCUCCUUCCCCUCCGAGGACAGUUUGGUCUCUUCCCACAAGCACCAUGUCCACCAAAUCCAACAUUCGGAGACGGGGUUCUAUUGAUGUUGUCGACGCCAAGGUCGCUGUGGAUCUCGCAACCGCUCAAUCAUACUCGGAGAAUGUCUUCCUUUUCGUUCCAAACCUCAUCGGAUACUCUCGAAUCAUACUGGCCGGUGUCGCUCUGCAUUACAUGAGCUUUCAUCCAAAAUACUGCACACUUGCAUAUUGUAUCUCGUGUUUGUUAGACGCAGCAGAUGGACACGCAGCGAGGGCUUUGAAUCAGACUUCAAAGUUUGGAGCCGUACUGGAUAUGGUCACAGAUCGUUGCACAACAUCCGCCUUGCUAUGCUAUCUGUCUUCAGUAUACCCCGAUUAUACAAUGGCAUUCCAACUCUUGAUUACGUUGGACUUUAGUAGUCACUACAUGCAUAUGUAUAGCUCCCUUGUAACCGGUUCCCGAAGUCACAAGGCUGUUACCAGUGAGGUCAGUCGGAUAUUGUCACUGUAUUAUAACCCCCAAUUACUCUUUAUAAUUUGCGCAGGCAACGAGAUGUUCUUCGUCGCACUCUACCUCAUGAAAUGGGUAAACACACCUCUGUGGCAAUCACUUAGUUUAGAACCGUCCUUUCUCCUACAGCCGACGUGGCCAGCGAUGAUGGCAUGUCUGUGCUUCCCUGUUUGCGCGCUCAAGAACGUCAUCAAUCUUGUCCAACUCUGGAAGGCCUGUAAGAUCCUCGUUGGUGUGGACUUGGCUGAGAGGGCGAAGGCGAGGGAGGACGAGACGUUGCGCGCAAAAAAGACCUGAACAAGACACUGUUGCCAUUUCCUAUCGGUUAAUAUCAUUCGUAAUUUGCUUUUGUGCUUUCUUUCUAUAGAUUCAUGUUUGGUAUAUAUCUAUCUAUCGUAAAGUAGUGGAUGCAUAGUGUAUAAUUCCACGUUAUCAGUGUUUCCCUCC